CAUUUCCAGCACAUGGGCUGGAUUUUUCUAGUCUCCAGCAGAGAUAAGAAAAACGGGAAAGGAGAUGAAGGGAAAGGAGAGAAAAGAAGAAGAAAGAAAAGAAAGAGAGAAGGAAAGAAUAAGAGGAAAAGAAAGGGAAAAAGGGAAGUUCUGAACUUCACUUGCAUGGAGAAUCAACCAAAUUUUGGGUAAAAAAUGAGAGGUUAUGGUGAGAGAUUGUAAGUUUUAGAGAGAGAAAUAAAUAGUUUUGGUUAGAGAGAGAAAGUAGAUUUGAAGCAAAAAUUUUAAUUUUAGCAUUUUUCUUAGAUCAUGUAGAUGUUUAUGAACAUUCUUAAUUCCUGGAUCAUUCUCAAAUAAGUAGAACUUGGGUGUGACAACAGCCUUCUACCAUGGCUUCUACUUCUUCUACUCCUCCCGAUCAGUGGAAGACAUGGGAUGCUUUCAUUAGUUUUAGAGGCAAAGAUAUCCGUCAGGGUUUUCUCUCCCAUCUCUUUAAAGCUUUGUCGGGAAAACAAAUCAAUGCCUUCUUGGAUGAAAACCUUGAAAAAGGAGAAGAGAUCUCAAGUUCUCUACUGGAAACAAUUGAAGAUUCAUACGUUUCAGUAGUGUUUUUCUCUGAAAAUUAUGCAGAUUCCCCAUGGUGCUUGGAUGAGCUUUUGAAGAUAUUUCAAUGCAUGAAAACAUCUGGACAAAUAGUCCUUCCAGUAUUUUAUCGUGUAGAUCCAACUGAUGUUCAAGAGCUGAGAGGGAAUUUUGGAGGGGCAUUUAGUAAGCUUAAAAAAGAAGUAAAAAUUUUGGAACGAUGGCGCCAUGCCUUGAUAGAAACAAGCAACUUAGCAGGAUGGGACUCACGCAAUUUCAGGUCCGAGUCUGAACUAGUUGAGGAAAUAGUAAAUGUUGUUUUGGAGAAAUUAAAUCACAUCUUUAAAUGUGAUUAUAAGAAUGAUGAUUUAGUUGGAAUUGAAUCGCGUGUGAGGAGAAUGGAAUCAUUAUUAUUUUCUGGACCAAUCAAUGAUAGACGAGUUGUAGGAAUUUGGGGGAUGGGAGGUAUUGGAAAGACAACUCUUGCUGAAGAAGUAUUUCAUCGAAUCAAGGAAAAAUUUGAUGGUCACUACUUUGUUGCCAAUGUUAGGGAAGAAAUAAUGAAGCAAACACCAAAUGCUUUACGGGACAAAAUCUUUUGUCAAUUGUUAGGAGAGAAAGAUGGAUAUAUAGACACUCCUCGUUUAGGGGCUUUCACUAUUAGAAGACUUCAAAGUAAAAAAGUAAUCAUUGUCUUUGAUGAUGUGGUUAAUCCAAACCAUUUAAAGCUUUUAGGUGGAGUAUGUGAUUUGUACAGUAAGGGAAGUAGAAUAAUUAUAACCAGUAGAGAUAGGCAAACACUUAAAAAUGUUUGUCUUGAGGAGCAUAUAUACGAGGUUAAAGAAUUAAUUGAUCAUGAAGCUCUCCGUCUCUUCAGCUUAUAUGCCUUUAAACAAGAUUAUCCCAAAGAAGAAUACAAGAAGCUAUCAGAGAUGGCAAUAAGAUAUGCUAAAGGCAAUCCGUUGGCUCUUAGAGUUUUAGGCUCUAAUAUGUAUGAUAAGGGCAUAGAAGAAUGGGAAAGUGAGUUGAAAAAACUGAAAGAAAUUCCUGAUUUUCAAAUUCAAAAAGUUUUGAGAGUAAGUUAUGAUGAACUAGAUCGUCAUGACAAAAAUGUAUUCCUUGAUAUUGCAUUUUUCUUUAAGGGGGAGCCUAAAGGUCGUGUUGAGAGAAUACUAGAUGCUUGUGGUUUCUUUGCAACAAGUGCACUAAGUCGUCUAAUUGAUAAAUCUCUCAUAACUAUUUCAUCAUCCAAUGAUGUUGGUAUGCAUGACUUGUUGCAACAAAUGGGCUUCGAAAUUGUUUAUGAGGAAUCCAAACAACCUGGAGCACGCAGCAGGUUAUUGAAUUACAAGGAUAUCUGUCGUGUAUUGACAAAAGAAACGGGAACUGAAAAUGUUGAAGGCUUAUCACUUAACAUGUAUGAGGUGAAUGAUAAUUUGGCGCUAAGUUCCACAGCCUUCCAGAAGAUGUACAAUCUUAGAAUCCUCAAAUUCUUCAAUGUUUCUAAUUCCAGUCAAGGACAAUUGCAGCUUCCUGGAGGCCUUGAAUUUCUACCAGAAGAGCUAAGAUAUCUUUACUGGGAUAGAUACCCUUUGAAUUAUUUGCCAUUGAAGUGUUGCACAAAAUAUCUUGUAGAACUCCACAUGCCCAGGAGCAACCUCACAGAUCUUUGGAAUGGAGAUGAGGCUCUUGGAAAUUUGAAAUUUUUAGACCUCAGUAACUCUUUGGAGCUGACCAGAGUUCCAGACUUGUCUAGCGUCCCAAAUCUUGAGGUUUUACGUUUGAGCGAAUGUAGAAGCUUGAUUGAGAUUCCUAGCAGCAUUGGCGAGUUAAAAUGUCUGAAAGAACUUAAUCUAAUGGGAUGCUCAAAACUACUUAGUAUUCCCCAAAGCAUCUGCAAUCUGAAAUCUCUUACACUCCUUAGUAUGUCAGAUUGUUUGAAUGUCACUGAAUUGCCAGAGAACAUAGGGGAUUUACAAUAUCUAGAGACCCUUCAUAUACUUGACAGUGGAAUAAAAGCGUUGCCAUCAUCCAUCAAUCAAUUGGAAAAUUUGGUUUCCUUAAAGUGUAAAGGCUGCAAAGGUUUGACAUUGCCUCCGUUGACAGGUUUGUCGAGUUUACAGGAAAUGGAAUUAAUGUACUGUGGCAUAUUAGAAAUUCCCGAGAGUCUUGGGUUUUUAGUGUCAUUGAGAUCCUUAUUUUUAAUUGAAAAUAAUUUUGAGAGCAUACCGGUAAGCAUUAAACAACUAUCUAAGUUGAAAAUUUUUUACUUGCUUGGUUGCAAGAGACUCAAAUGUUUACCAGAGCUUCCAUCAUGCUUAGAACAGUUGCUUGUACGGUGUUGCACAUCUUUGGAAUCUGCAUCAACUUCAUUCCUUUUCCCAGAACAGGAAGACGAAGAUAGAAUCGAAAAUAUUCUUGAGUUUACUGAUUGCAUCAAUUUGGAUAAGGAGAAAGUAAUGGAGAAUGUAUUGGAAACGCAUCUGUUGAAACACAAGAUUGUUCGUUUGUGUAUUACGGGGGAUGAAGUGCCUCGAAGGAUGAGAUAUAAGAACCAGAGUGGAUCUUCUCUUUCAUUCACACUAGAUAAGCCAAACUUGAUUGGUGUUUCUUUAUGCCUUGUUUUUGAUCCCAAAAAUCAUUAUGGUUAUCAUGUUAGGUUUAUUUGCGGAGCCCAAUUCAUUGAUAAAUCUAGACACAAAAUAAAAAUUGCCAAGUUCAGUUUUCGUUAUGCUUGGAUGACUAAUCUGUUAGAAUCAGAACAUGUGUACCUUUGGAAUGAACUGUUCGACAUGGAAGACAGUUUUGUUGAGGCCUCAUUUCACUUCUUCAUUGAACAUUUUUCACUCAAGCCACAACAUAAUUUCGAGGCUAUAAUUAAGUGUGGGGUACUUCCUAUAUUUCGAGACGAUUGCCUUCACAGAGAUAAAAAGAGAAGCAGAAAUCAAGAAGAUGAGGAAGACGAACCUUAUUCUCUUCAAAGAUUGAAACAAGGCCAAAAACCUUGCAACAGCACUACCACCACAACAGAGUCUUAUUAAGUGUUUAAAGGUUAGAAAUUAAACAAUAUCUUUUGUUCCAUAUUCUAUUUAGGCAACCUGAAUUUUGCCAAAUUACUCUAUCCAGUGUUCACUCAUAUUGAUGGGUAUUAUUGCUAAACUACUAUAUUAUGUUGCCUUACUCUCUUAUUUUUAUUAUUGAAUUUCAUUUAUACAUGAUCUUUCCACAUGAAUUUCAUUAAGUGUUUAAAGGUUAGACAUUAAACAGUAUCUUCUGUUAGACAUUUAAUAAUAAAAUUUAUCUCUUAAAUUUAAAAUACCAUAAUAACCACUAAUAACUGCAACUUUGAUUCAACUUUGAAAUCAUGACACGUUCUUACUAUGAAAAUUCUUCAAUUAAAUUGCAUUUUUUAUUGAUUGGAGAACUCAUCACAAUCGGUCCUAUAGUGAUUUAAGAGUUCAAAUCAAUUAAGUUUCUUGUUUAUGCUGCUUGAUCUUGUCUUGUAGGUCUCCUCUUUGUUGCAGAUUCUGUACUUGGAGGCUUUUGUAUGCGACUUUUCUGCAGAAUUUUCUGUAGCUCUCGGCUUGGUUUUGCUGCUUUCUAAACCUUUGACUUUUCUUCUGCUGACAAUUGUUAUCCUGGACUUUUAUUUGUUGUCUUUUGUUAUGUAACUUUGGUACUGUCUUGUUAGUGUGUUUUAUACCUUUCUUUCUAUGUUUUUUCACUUAGCAUACCAUUGUUGGGAGUAGUGGGGAAGCCUAUCGGUUUGGUUUGGUUGGCAACUGAUACAUGCAUUUUGCAUAGUCAUUUAGGUUAGAUUUUAUAAUCAUUUCAUUUAUUUGUUAGUCACUUUUAGCUAAUUUUAUUAGUUAUUUAGAUAAUUUUUCAUAAUUAUUAAUUUUUGAGUUAAUUUGUAAUUUACUUUGUUUUAUAGUUAAAAUAGUAUUUUUGAGGGAGUAAACAGUAAUUGUGCCAGUAAGGAGUGAUUCUCAUAGUAAAAAAUGUCAAAAUUAAGCUUGAAGGUUGAAGAAUGCAAAAUUGCCAAAGUCUGUAUAGCCUGCUGCACAAGUCGUGCAGUUUUUGCACAAGAAAAAGCAAUUUUUAAACCUACUGAAACUUGCAUUACUUGCUGCAUAACUUGUGCAGAUUCACUCCUAGCUUAUGCAGCUUCAUGGAGACCUACAUGACUUGCUACAUAACUUAUACAAUCUCAUGCCUUGCUUGUGCAGCUUCACAGAAGGCGGUAGUCAAAGUGGCCGAAACGUGCAUAACUUACUGCAUAACUUAUGCAGUCUAACGCUUCACUUAUGUAGCAUUACAAAAGGAGCACUCAAAUUUGCCGAAACUUGCACAACCAGCUGCAUAGUUUAUGUACUCUGCUUAUGCACUUUCACGGAUGACUCUAAAGCAUGAAACAUUUGCACAAUCAGCCUGCAUAACUUGUGCAGAAUCACGGGAAGCACUUGGAACCACUAAACUUGCUCAGAAUUUGCAUAGGAAGCUUACACAACUUGUGCAAUUCUUCAUAAUGAGUUGGCACGUGAAUCCCUUCCUCAAACAUACUAUUUUAGGGUUAUUUGUCAGAAAAAUAUAAAUAGUGUCAUUAUCUUAUUUUGGCAAAAAAAAAAAAAACUGAGAGAGGAACAAAGUGAAGAGAGGCAGAGAAAACGUCAGAAAACAGAGCAAGGGAGCAUCACUUCCCAUUUUUAGAUCAUAUUUGUAUUCUUCUUCUUUUCUUCAUCAUUUUUUAUCUUUUUUGUAUUGGGUUUCUUAGUUAUUAGUAUAUUUUCAAGUUCUAUUUUCAUAUUUACUCAGAAUUUCUUUUAAUAAUUAUAAAUAGUGAGUAGUUUUUCAUAGAUUCUGGAGUUGAAAUGUAAUAUUUAAGAUAUUUUGUGAAUUUUGAUUGGGUAAUCCAUAUUUUAUAGUUUUUAUGAGGUUU